AUGGAGCAAACAGAAACCACAGGGAAAGGACAAAAGUGUUUGGGCCAUGCCAGUGAUGUCAGAUGUGAGACAGACCCUACCUGUUUUGAGUCGGAGUCAUCAGAUGCUGAAGAUGAUGAGAUGAAUGAUGCAUAUGUUGCUGAUGACGCUGAUGAUGAUCCUGACUGGGAGCCAGAAGACGAUUCCGAUGAGGAAUAUGAAUCAGGCGAUGAAGAAAACGUUUGGGUAGACUGCAGUGAGCAGACUGACAGGCCAUACUUAGUGUAUGAAAGCUGUCUGCUGCCACUACUGUUGAUGUGCUCUGUGUGUGGCGACAGAUGCACCAUCACCAAGAAGUCGACCAGAGGAGGCCAGCUAAGAGUGACAACUAUAUGUGGCACUGGACAUUGGAGAACAUGGGACAGUUCACCCAACAUAUGUGGAACACCACUAAUAAACCUGGUAGUGGCAGGGGCCAUGUUUUUUAGUGGUGUCUGCCUGAGGAAAUUCGUGAACUGUUAAAGUUUUAUAAAAGUUCCCAUUCUGUCAUACAGGACGUAUAUGCGUCUUCAAUCCAUUUACAUAUUGCCAGCGGUUGACAAUGUGUGGAAAAAGACUCAAGCACGCCUUUUUGAGAUGCGCACUGGUAAAUCGCUACGGCUGGGAGGGGAUGCUCGGUGUUGCUCACCUGGACACACGGCAAAGUACGGCUAGUACACUCUCAUGUAUCUUGAGACUAACCAUGUCCUGGAUGUACAGCUUGUACAGAGUAACGAAGUUAAAAACUCCAAUGCUAUGGAACUGGAAGGGUUGAAGCUUGGACUAAGGAACUUGGCGACCAACCACAUGAAGGUUACUGAUCUAACGACUGACAGACAUGUACAAGUUCGCAAGUUCAUGCGCGAAGAAAUGGAAAAUAUUUGCCACUGGUUUGAUGUAUGGCACAUGGCAAAGGGUAUG